GCUCGGGUGCGAGUUCAGGGAGGGGCGUGGGCCGCGGGCACCCCCGACCGCCGGCUCGGCGUCCCUCCGCCCUUCCCGGGAGCCCCGCCUCUGCGUGAGGCCUCAGGCUGCUCCUUGGGGUCAGCGCCCAGCUGCCGUUUCCCCGGGUGGGACCCCGCGUCACCCCGCGGAGCCCCCACAUCGUCCGCGCCGGGGGCGAGUCUACAGGCGUUUGGGUUGUAGAUCGGGGCUGGGGGCAGUGUUCCUGUCCCUCGCGGUGAAGGCCCGGGGACGCCGCGUCCACAGCUCGGUGCAGCCCCCCACAACAAAGAGCUGUGUGCCGGGCGGGGAGCCCUGCGUGCGGCCUCGCAUCUCAAGUCCCGAAUGAACCAGAUGAGCUGCUUAAAAUUCAGCUGAGUCACGUACGUUUCCCAUUUUAUGGUGACGUCUGGAGUCACCAUAAAAAUCUUUCCAGCCAGAUUGGUUGAGCAAGUCCAAGUGUACACACGAAGCCGCCUUCUCCCGUCUUGAGCACAUGUGCAUAGGAAUAAGAAAAGAAAAGCGUCGUUCAAAUUCAGGUUUAUGAUGAAACCAGCCUCAGUGAUCCACUGAUCUGUGGAACUCAGUGUGACCAGGUUCCAGAGCGCUCUCCCAGUGCCCCGUGGGAGCAAGAGGAGGGUCCUGUUUCCCACCACCCUGGUGUUCAGAAGCUUUGCUGUUGGAGUCACAGGAUGGCAGCCGCUGUUCUGCCCCCCACUUGUGAUCAGUCCUCCCUGUGCCCAGCCCCUCACAGGAAACCAUGCAGAGGGAAGGAGGGGCUGGCUGGUGAGCUCCUGGCCAGCUGGCUACAGGACCUGGUGACCUUCAAGGACGUGGCUGUGGAGUUCUCCCAGGAGGAGUGGGCAUUGCUGGACCCGUCUCAAAGAACUCUGUACCGAGACGUGAUGCUGGAGAACUGCAGGAACCUGGCCUCCCUUGGACCAGCACCCAAGGAACUUGGCAUGUGUGUAAGCAGGCAGCUUUCUACAGGGUGUCAUGUUGAUAAACACAGUUUGAUCUCCCAGUUGGAGCAAGAAGACAAGACGGUGACAGAGGAGAGAGGAAUCCUUCCCAGCACCUGUCCAGGUGAGCACCAGGUAGAUAUGAGUCCUUGUGAGGAGCGGCUGUGGCCAGGGACUCAGGAGUUGGGAGUAUUAUCAGAGAAUUUGUAAAAUGACAAAGACGGACAAGGAAGUUUCUUGUGUACUC